AGCUGGAGUAUAUGGAGUAUACAGUCAAUGCUGAGUGUGAAACGAUUUCAGAACGUUGCAAGCCAGUCAACGCAACAGAUAUACGUGUGCGCUGUUUAAACGCAACAAAUACACCGAAGAAAUUUAAAAAACGAAAUAAUAAUAACUAUGAGAAGUGAAUUUUACAAAUCGCAUUUUUUUACACGUGUAGCAUUUAUAACCAGUUUGAAAAAUAAACUUGUUCAAGUUAAAAGAAAAAGUUUAAAUAAAAGUAUUUGAGUGAAAAAAAUAAAAUUUAUUCGCGUUGAGAACAAAAAUGACGUCCAACAAGUAUAGUUGCUUUAGUCGCUGGAAUAAAAAAGAUGGUUCGAAAACAAUAAAUUAUUUCAGUUUGUAUCGCUAUGCAACGCGAUGGGAUUUAUUUGUAAUUGUGAUUGGUGUUAUAUGUACAUUUUUAAAAGCAUUUGCAAUGCCAUGGACAAUAAUUGUGUAUGGUGAAUUUACAUCACUUCUCGUCGAACGAAUGUAUGGCACUGGAACAAGCUCACCGACUUGGCUCUUACAUUGGCUAGGUGGUGGAAAAAGACUAACAAAUGCGACAAUUGAAGUAAAUCGUCAGGAAAUCAUGAAUGAUUCCGUUGCAUACUGCAUUCACAUGCUAAUGGCAACAAUGUGGCAGUUUAUUUUUGGAAUAUUAUGUGUGGAUUGCUUUAAUCGUACGUCCAUUCGUCAAGUGACACGAUUACGUGUUAAAUACUUUGAGUCAUUGAUGCGACAAGAUAUUGCUUGGUAUGACUGCUCUGGAAGCAAAACAAAUUUCACCAUUCGCAUUACAGAAGAUAUCGAAAAGAUAAAAUCGGGGAUUGCAGAAGAUGUUAGCCAUUUUUUGAAUUUAAUGUUUUCGUUUGUGAUUUUUGUGUCGAUUUCGUUUAUUUAUGGAUGGCAAUUAACGAUCAUCGUAAUUUCAUAUUUGCCACUUGUGUUUUUUGCAAAUAUCUUCAUCGGAAAGUUACAAGCGAAGGCAGCGGAGAACGAACUUGAUGCGUAUGCGAAAGCGGCGAACGUAGUGGAAGAAACACUAAAUGCAAUACGCACUGUUUUAGCGUUUGGAGGAGAAAACGUUGAAAUUGAACGAUACACCAAAUUAUUAUAUCCGUCCAGAGAGGCAGCCAAACGCAAAGGCCUAUACUCAAGUAUCAGCGAUGGUGUGACACGAUUUCUAUUUUUUAUAAGUUGUGCACUGUCUUUUUGGAUUGGUGUGCAGUGGGUGUUUCGUGAUCGUGAUAGUACCGAUAAAGACUACACGCCGGCUUCACUUCUCAUUAUUUUCUUCAGUUUAGUUUCGGCAGCCGACAACAUAGCCGAGACGACGCCGUUUUUACUCACGUUUUCUGUUGCACGUGGAUCGGCAAAAGGUAUUUUCGCCGUUAUCGAUCGCAUUUCUAGCAUCGAUCCAAUAGAUAACAGUGGAGAAAAGCUCAAACCGAACGAUAUCAAUGGAAGUAUUGAAUUUAGAAAUGUUCAUUUUAACUAUCCAUCACGAGAUGUGCAGAUUUUACAGAAUUUCAACGUAAAAAUUAAACACGGUGAAACAGUGGCACUGGUUGGGAAGAGCGGGAGUGGAAAAUCAACGUGUAUUCAAUUACUACAAAGAUUUUAUGAUCCAGAUAAGGGUGCUGUGCUUUUAAACGAUCGAAAUUUGAAAUCAUUAAAUAUCCAUUCAUUACGUUCAACCAUCGCAAUUGUCAGUCAAGAGCCGGUCCUCUUCUCCACCACGAUCAAGGAGAAUAUUCGUUACGGCAAUCCAAGUGCAACGGAUCGGCAAGUAAUUGACGCAGCACAGAUGUCGGGUGCACAUGAUUUUGUAUCGGAAUUAUCUUUGGGCUAUGAUACUCUGGUCAAUGAUUCACAGCUUAGCGGCGGUCAAAAGCAACGAAUCGCGAUCGCCCGUGCUCUUGUACAGAAUCCAAAAAUUUUACUGUUGGAUGAAGCAACAAGUGCUUUGGAUUAUCAAUCUGAAAAAUAUAUACAAAAAACAUUGGAUCGUGUUAGCAAAGGUCGUACGACAAUUGUAGUGUCGCAUCGAUUGUCGGCACUAAAAAGUGUUCAACGCAUUUUAUACAUUGAAAAAGGGCGGAUCGUCGAAGAAGGAACGCACGAAGAAUUGUUCAAAAUGAAAGGCAGAUAUUAUGAAAUGGUCAAAACGGACAAUAAUCACACAAAGCAAUUUAUUCGCAAUCGAAAAUCAACUACAGAUUCAUCAAAUAAUGAACAAUCAUCAGAUAAAGAAAAUGACUUUUUGGAUGAAACGAGCAACGCCAAUUCCAAUGAGUCUCUAGUCGACCAUAUUCUUGAAAAAGACGAAAAAGUCGAAGAGGAAGUCAAAUAUGUUCAUAAUUUUAUUCGCAUUUUGAAAUUGGCAAAACCAGACUGGCCAUUGCUGGCGAUUGCUGUUCUUUCAUCUUUUAUUGUUGGAUCCGCAUUUCCAUUAUUUUCAGUCGUAUUUGCUGAAGUUUAUGGUGCAUUAUCGGUUGCUGAUCUCGAUGAAGCGCUAAACGAAGUUUCUCUGUGGUGUGUGGUUUUUCUUGGACUGGGAAUUUUCAUAUUUAUUGGCGCUAUGUGUCAAACGUACUUUUUCACCAGAGCUGGUGCCAAUCUAACGCAACGCAUUCGAAGCAACACAUUUGAAGCAAUGUUAAAACAGGAGUGUGGUUGGUUUGAUGAGAAUUCGGUUGGCUCAUUGAGCAGUCGUCUGACCAGUGAUGCGGCAAACAUUCAAACGGCAAUCGGUUAUCCAUUGAGUUUAAUUCUGCAAGCCAUUUCAACGUUUGCUACGGGAAUCAUUGUUUCAUUUAUGUCAUCUAUGAAACUGUCGCUGGUUUGCCUCUUAAGCGUGCCCUUCCUCUUCAUGGCAGUUUUUUUGGAAUCAAAACAUUUGGCAAAGUCGGCUAUAAGUGAAAAGCAAGCAAUUGAAGCUGGCACGAAAAUUGCUUCUGAGUCCAUAGCGUCCAUCCGUACUGUUGCUAGUUUGCGACAAGAAAAUCAGAUGAUAUCCAGAUUUGUAAGCGAAAUGGAGCGAGUAGAGAAGCUUGCGUUGAAAAAAAUCUACUUUCGAGGAUUUGUAAAUUCGUUUAGCACUGCGGUGCCGCUACUGGCGUAUGCUGUUGCCUUAUAUCAAGGCGGUGUCAUGGUAGCAAACGAUGAAAUUCACUAUAAAAAUAUUGUGAGAGUGAGUGAGGCCAUGCUUUACGGUACGCUCUAUAUGUGUCAAACGUUAGUGUUUGUGCCAACCAUUUCAAUAGCAUUUAUCGGCGCACAUGGUAUUUUCAAAAUAAUUGACCGAAAACCGUUGAUAACAUCCAUUCAAAAUUCAAAUACAUCUACCGAAAUGGAAAAAUCAAAUGAUAUUGAUUUCAAAGACAUCAGUUUCCGAUAUCCAACACGGCCAACCAUUCAAGUGCUCGAUAAUUUUAAUCUAAAUAUUGCUGAGGCCAAAACAAUAGCGCUGGUUGGAAAGAGCGGCAGUGGAAAGUCGACGUGCAUUCAAUUGCUUCAAAGACUUUAUGAUCCAGAACACGGGCAUAUUUCUAUAGGAAAAAGUGAUAUUUCCAAACAAUUUUCUAUAACGGAGUUGCGCAAAAGACUCAGCAUCGUGUCCCAGGAGCCAACUCUAUUUGACAGAACGAUUGCAGAGAAUAUCGCGUACGGAGAUAACAGUCGGAUAGUUACGAUGGACGAAAUUAUUCAAGCAGCAAAAGUAGCAAAUGUUCAUAAUUUUGUUAUUCAAUUACCUCAGGGCUACGAAACGAAUAUUGGCAGUAAAGCCACACAGAUUUCAGGUGGACAAAAACAGAGAAUCGCGAUUGCUCGUGCCUUAAUUCGAAAUCCGAAAAUUCUCUUAUUGGAUGAGGCUACGUCAGCUCUUGAUUUGCAAUCUGAACAAGUGGUUCAACAAGCCUUGGACUCGGCACAAUCGGGUCGAACAUGCAUUAUAAUUGCGCAUCGAUUGACUACAAUUCAAAAUGCUGACCUCAUAUGUGUUGUGCAAAAUGGCAUGAUUGUUGAAGCUGGAACUCAUUGUGAAUUGCUUGCCUCACUAAACGGUGCCUAUACUCGACUUUAUAACGCACAAAAAUAAUAAGCAUUAAAAUUCGAGCAGUAUUGAAAUGAUUUUUUUCUCAAUAAACAUUUAUCGGACAUAUUCGCAA